AUGGCGAAUAGGGUCGAUCACGAGUACGACUAUCUAUUUAAGAUCGUGUUGAUCGGAGACUCUGGUGUCGGAAAAUCCAACAUUCUUUCCAGGUUUACCCGAGAUGAGUUUUGUUUGGAAUCCAAAUCCACCAUCGGAGUUGAGUUUGCCACCAGAACGCUUCAGGUUGAUGGGAAGACAGUAAAGGCCCAGAUUUGGGACACUGCAGGCCAAGAAAGGUAUCGAGCUAUUACCAGUGCCUACUACAGAGGAGCUGUUGGUGCACUCCUUGUCUAUGACAUAACAAAGAGGCAAACCUUUGACAAUGUCCAGAGGUGGCUCCGCGAGUUGCGAGACCAUGCAGAUUCCAACAUUGUCAUCAUGAUGGCUGGAAACAAGUCAGACCUAAAGCAUCUCAGAGCUGUCCAAGAGGAUGAUGGUCAAGCUUUGGCCGAGAAGGAAGGACUCUCAUUUCUUGAGACAUCAGCAUUGGAAGCAUAUAAUGUUGAGAAGGCAUUCCAAACUAUUUUGACAGAGAUAUACCAUAUCAUAAGCAAGAAAGCACUGGCAGCCCAGGAAGCAGCAGCUUCCACUGCGCUUCCAGGUCAGGGGACCACCAUCAAUCUUGGCGAUGCAUCCGGGAAUGUGAAGAAAGGUUGCUGUUCUAGUUGA